AUGUGGGGUUCGGACGACGAGGGGGGAGAAGAGUACCUCUUCAAGAUCGUCAUAAUCGGAGACUCCGCUGUCGGCAAAUCCAACCUUCUCUCCCGCUACGCCCGCAACGAGUUCAACAUGCACUCCAAGGCCACCAUAGGCGUCGAGUUCCAGACCCAGUGCUUGGAGAUCGACUCCAAGGAAGUCAAGGCUCAGAUUUGGGACACCGCUGGCCAAGAGAGGUUCCGCGCCGUCACCUCCGCCUACUACCGCGGCGCUGUCGGUGCUCUCAUUGUCUACGACAUCUCCCGCCGCACUACCUUCGACAGCGUCGGUCGCUGGCUCGACGAGCUUAAAACUCAUUGCGAUACGACGGUGGCGAUGAUGCUGGUGGGGAACAAAUGCGAUUUGGAGCAUAUAAGGGCGGUGAGCGUUGAGGAAGGGAAAAACCUUGCGGAAGCGGAAGGAUUGUUUUUCAUGGAAACGUCAGCGUUAGACUCCACCAACGUCAAGACGGCUUUCGAGAUGGUUAUUCGAGAGAUAUACAACAACGUCAGCAGGAAGGUCCUCAACUCCGAAACGUACAAGGCAGAGUUGUCUGUCAACAGGGUCAGCCUUGUCAACAAUGGCCCCGCCGCAUCCAAGAAAAAUCAAGGCUACUUUUCUUGCUGUUCCAGAUGA